AGCCUUUAUUAAUCAUUUAUUUAUAAAUAUAUAUAGGCUCCAGGCCCUCCACCAUGGCCUGGCAAUUUCUGAAAAACAUCGGACUCGCAUUCGGAUUGGUAGAACCUAGCCCGCCCCCCUCCCCGCCCCGGCCCCGGCCCCCAUCCCCGCCCCGGCCCCUGCCUCCUCCUCCUCCUCCUCCUCCUCCCACUACUCCUCCGCCGCCCGUGGAGCCACCACGGCCGCCGACCCACCCGUUCCUCUUCCCCCAAACCCAGUCCACCGUCCUCCCCGACCCCUCUCCCUUCUUCUCUCCCCACCUCCUCUCCUCCCCUCUCCCCACCAGCUCCUUCUUCCAGAACUUCGUCCUAAAAAUUGGCGACCAACCCGAGUACUUUCACCCCUACCUCGUUAAAUCCUCGCCCCUCUCUCUCUCUCUCUGCUACCCGUCUCUCUUCUCCAACUCCGCCCUCACCUACCAGGUCUUCAACGCCGAUCUCACCGUCUCCGCUUCAGAAGUCUCCGAGCCGAACUUGAACCAUGUCGUCUCCUCUUUCAGCGAUCUCAGCGUAACCCUCGACCUCCCGUCGAGCAAUCUCCGGUUCUUCCUCGUCCGAGGAAGCCCUUACUUGACCUGCGUAGCCGCCGCCAACGUUUCCCUCUCUAUUUCGACCAUUCACGCCAUUCUUGAGUUCUAUUCCAACACUUCCCUCACCAAAUACACCAUCAAGCUCAACAACAACCAGACAUGGCUGUUGUAUUCCUCUUCGCCGAUUAGCCUUACCCACGACGUUUCCAGGAUCAGUUGCGGCGGGUUCACCGGCAGAAUCCGGAUUGCUGUUCUUCCCGAUUCGGAUCCCCGAUCCGAAGCGAUACUCGAUCGGUUCAGUUCUUGUUAUCCUGUGUCUGGCGAAGCCGCGUUUACGAAGCCAUUCUGUGUGGAGUACAAAUGGCAGAAAAAAGGGUGGGGAGAUCUGCUCAUGCUGGCUCACCCUCUCCAUCUUCGGCUUCUCUCGGGCAGUGAUUGUGGCGCCAUUGUUUUGGAUGAUUUCAAGUACAAAAGCAUCGAUGGUGAGCUUGUGGGGGUUGUUGGAGAUUCAUGGGCAUUGAAAAGUGACCCUGUUUCCGUAACCUGGCACUCAAUCGGAGGUAUCAAAGAAGAGUCCUUUCCUGAAAUCAUUAACGCGCUUAGCAAAGAUGCCGAGGCUCUCAAGUCAGCAACAAUAUCGACAACAUCGUCCUAUUCUUAUGGCAAACAGAUUGCAAGAGCUGCAAGAUUGGCUUUGAUUGCAGAAGAAGUGUGUUUUCUUGAUGUAAUCCCGGUUGUCAGUAAGUUCUUGAAGGAUUCAAUGGAGCCAUGGCUGGAUGGAACGUGUAGCGCGAAUGGUUUCGUGUAUGAUGGGAAAUGGGGCGGCAUUCUGACCAAACAAGGUUCUUUGGACUCGGGGGCUGAUUUCGGGUUUGGAGUCUACAAUAAUCACCAUUAUCAGCUGGGACACUUUGUUUAUGCAAUUGCAGUGCUUGCUAAGAUUGAUCCGGCCUGGGGGAGAAAGUACAGGCCUCAAGCAUACACCCUCAUGGCAGAUUUUAUGAACUUGAGCAAGCGAGGGAAUUCAAGUUAUCCCCGGUUGAGAUGCUUCGAUUUGUGGAAAUUGCAUUCGUGGGCUGGAGGGCUGACUGAAUUUGCAGACGGGAGAAAUCAGGAGAGCACGAGCGAGGCGGUGAAUGCGUAUUACUCGGCAGCGCUGAUGGGGCUGGCUUACGGAGACAGCCACCUGGUUGCCACUGGAUCGACGCUGGCAGCGAUGGAGAUCCAUUCAGCUCGAACAUGGUGGCAUGUGAGAGAGGGAGACACUCUAUAUCCAGAAGAAUUCACAAGAGAUAAUAGAGUGGUGGGGGUUCUGUGGGCUAAUAAGAGGGACAGUGGCCUCUGGUUCGCACCAGCCGACUGGAGGGAAUGCAGGCUGGGGAUUCAACUCUUGCCUCUACUGCCAAUUAGCGAAAUCCUCUUCUCUGAAAUUGGUUUUGUGAGAGAGCUUGCAGCAUGGACAAUGCCGGCCUUGGCAAGAGAGGGAGUGUCAGAAGGAUGGAAGGGAUUUGUGUAUGCUUUGGAAGGGAUUUACGACAGGGAAGGUGCUUUGAGUAAGAUCAGGAACUUGAAUGGGUUCGACGAUGGCAACUCGCUUACCAAUCUACUCUGGUGGAUCCACAGCCGAGGUGAGGAUGAAAUGGGAUAUGAAGGGGGAGGGAAAUUCUGCUGGUUUGGCCACUACUGUCAUUGGACUGUUCCUAAAGAGAUGGCUACAACACAGCCUGCCAACACUUCUGUUGAUGCAAUUCCACCGCCUUCCAGCCUUAAUCAGUCAAGCGAUUCUUCCCCAUCUUCUUCAAACUCUUCAGCCACUACAGAUCCUCCCAAAGAUUCUGCACCCAAUCAGCCUUCUAAGCUGCCAGCUCCUCCAACAUCUUCCAACACUUCAGCCUCACUGCCACCUUCCUCUCCUCCACCAUCUCCACCACCUGCUAGCCAUCCUCCCGUUCCCAUUUCGCCACCCCCUCCAAUUUUGUCCCAAUCACCGCCAUUAGAAGUUGCUAACCCCAAAUCAUCUUCACCUAGUCCCUCAAUUGUCGUGCCUUCUCCCCUUUCUCCCUCAGAAAGAACAUCGCCACCAUCUGCCGAUACUCCUCUACCACCUGCAAAACAACUUGAAAAUUCUCCCCCACCCUCUGCACUAACACCCCCUUCACCACCUGUUUCUUCACCCAGUUCUUUGCCCCCUACAAGCUCCUUGAUUCCAGGCCCUAAUACUUCUCCUUCUAAUGGUUCAAUUAAUUAUUCUACUGGUGGAGCUCCCCUUUCAUUCAACCUCUCUUUGCCUAUAGGCGUUCCACCUGGAAAGCCAACAUCAUCCGGUUCAAGUAUAAGCGCAAAUGCUGCACCAGCAGAGAGUGGUGGCAUCAAGGCUGGAACUGCCGUGGCACUUGGUGUUGCCCUUGGAUUUUUGGGACUUGGUCUUGUCAUAGUGGCUGUGUGGUUUGCUCGGAAGCAGAAGAGAAGGGGAGCUGAUUCAUCGUUUCUAAACGCCCAAUAUCCAGCUCACCCAGACAGAUGUACUUCCGGAAGUGAUAUUAAGGACUCACCAAUAAGCGCUCUGGGUAAUUCAAGGUCGUGGUUCACAUACGAAGAGCUAGCCAGGGCUACAAAUGGGUUUUCAGCGGAAAAUCUUUUGGGUGAAGGUGGAUUUGGUUGUGUUUACAAAGGAUUGCUCGUAGAGGGAAAAGAAGUUGCAGUUAAACAGCUAAAAAUUGGUGCUGGACAAGGGGAGCGUGAGUUUAGAGCAGAAGUUGAGAUUAUCAGCCGUAUUCACCACCGUCAUCUGGUUUCGCUUGUGGGUUACUGUAUAUCCGAGAAUGAAAGGUUGCUUGUCUAUGACUACGUCCCGAACAAUACCCUUGACUAUCAUCUCCAUGCUGAUGGCAGACCAGUCAUUAAAUGGGCAACCCGGGUAAAAGUUGCUGCUGGUGCAGCUCGCGGAAUAGCUUACCUGCAUGAAGAUUGCAAUCCCCGAAUUAUUCAUAGGGAUAUUAAGUCGUCAAACAUUCUAUUAGAUAACAACUUUACAGCUCAGGUUGCCGAUUUUGGACUAGCAAAGUUAGCAGCAGAUGCAAAUUCACAUGUGACGACUCGUGUAGUUGGAACUUUUGGAUACAUGGCUCCGGAGUAUGCAUCAUCUGGAAAGUUGACUGAAAAGUCUGAUGUUUUUUCCUUUGGUGUGGUACUUCUAGAGCUCAUUACUGGUCGCAAACCUGUUGAUGCAUCUCAACCAGAGGGUGCUGAGAGCCUAGUUGAAUGGGCUCGGCCAUUGCUUACUCGGGCACUUGAAAGUGAAAGGUUCCAAGAGUUGAUAGACCCAAGGCUGGAAAAUAACUAUGUUAAAGAUGAGAUGCUGACGAUGAUUGAAGCAGCUGCAGCUUGUACACGUCAUUUAGCCUCAAAGAGGCCACAAAUGAGUCAGUUAGUUCGAGUUUUAGGCUCUGCAGGGGAGCCAGAUCUAUCCAAUGGGAUUAAACCUGGACAAAGUAUAGAUCUUGAUUCGAAGGAACAAUAUGCAGAAAUCAGAAUGUUUCAGAGGAUGGCAUUUGGAAAUCAAGACUUUAGUUUGGAUUUAUCCGAUGGUUCUCAAAGUAGUGGAGACUGCAGCAAGUAGCUUGCAGCACCAAUCAAAUUCAACUCAUCAUAUACGAGCAAGAACAGCCCUUAUUAUGCGUAGUUGAGCACCAGUGAAAGCCUGGGGGAACAAAAUCGCCUGGCCGAAGAGCACCGAUGUUAAGCAGCUGGGAACCCGUCUUGCCUGCCAUUCCCACAAGAUGGGAUGAUCAAGCAGAUGUCUCUCCCAUUUCAUUGUAUUCCAUCUCUAAACCACCAGGAGAAGAGCACCAACACCUUUGGCCUUUGUGAACACUGGAGGGUUCUCGGAGGUGCUGGCUGUUUAUGCUGCUAUAUUUCUGCAGUAAGCAGCAACUCAGUUUGAUCAUGCUGGGGAAUCUCAUCCUUGGCCUAUCAGAGGCAGCAAGAACAUCAGAAAGACGAGCAUCUGAUAUUUGAGAGACAAGCACUAGUGGGACUUUAGUAGAGGAACAUGAUGAUACUAAAGAUGUUAAAAAAUGUAUUCAGAACAAAGAUGUCGAUUUACUGAAAACAGUUACUGUUAAA